AUGGGAGUCACAGUGUUACAACAAUAUCCAGUUCCCGAAAACAAAACUGGUACAUAUGUUAUAGAGCUGUUAACAAAACGAUUAUUAGCGCUUGGUGCUACACAACAAGGUCAAUUUCUAGUGGACUGCGAAAGUUAUUUAUCCCAUCCUCAAAUGGGAACAACUAAAACUGUUCACAUUCUUCACAACUCUGAGCAGCCAGCCUCCGUUUUCUCAAUUUUAGAAAGUGGAACAAAAAAUAUUCAUGUAAUAGCAGAUGGGUUGUUUGAUUUGUUAAUGAUGAAACUGUCACAACAUUAUACAUCCAAAAAACAAACAAAAAUUGAAAGCAAAGGUCCAAGAUUUGAACUUGGAGAUUUUUGUGUGAAAAUUGGCUCUGUUACUAUGAAUCAAAGUUUCAAAGGAGUAUUGGUAGAGGUGGAAUAUCGACCCUGCGUCAUGGCCAAUGCUGUAUGGGGUCUUCUCCGAGAAUUUCUACAGGGUCUUUUAGGUCCCACAAUAAAUAUACAACCUCCCCAACACCUUGUGAGCAGAAUGAAUGAGAUUUAUACUCCAAUAGACACUAUAUACCAGUAUUUAGAACAUUUUAGUGCCUACAGAAAAGUAACUGGUCUAAGAAGUUCGUAG